AUGGAGGAGCAACCUCAAAAGUCUCCGGAAGCCGGAGAGGACGUGUGUUCUCCCGAGCCACCAUCGAACGAGACUCUCGAUGCGGAUAUCCGCAGUGUGCUGACGCCCUCGGAGCGUUCGGCACCUUCUGAGCGACGCGAGGUCCACACGAGUGUCGCAGCUAUGAAUCUGACGGAUCUUCUGGCCGAGAAUGAGAAACUCAGAGUGGCUGCAGGGCUGAGCGAAAAUGAGAACUUCUCCUGGCGUCCCGGUGCGACUAUUCCUGCGCACACUGGGCUGCCAGUGGAGCCCCGCCAGACUCGUGGCUCUGUGUGCCGCAAGCGGGGCAACGUGGCAACAGACUUCUACGGUGACUGGAGCACAGGUUCUGCGGGCUUACCGCACUGGCACUACAAGAGCUCUAGUCCGUUUCGCAGAAGAUCGAAGACCUUGCCCAAAAUGCCUCGCUCGAGCUUGCAGACGAGUCCUUCAGCCGUGGAGGUUCUACCACCACUCAGCGCACUGCCAAUCUCUACACAUCUCGCAGAUGCCCGGCAGGCAGCCAUCUGCGCUGCACGGGGCACGAGCAGGUCUCUGCCUUGGACGGGUAGCUCUCAUCGCCUGCAGAGUGUUAGAUGCUCCGUGGUAGCGCUAUGGUCUACGAUCCGUGGUGGCCUUUUUUGA